AACAGUAUUAAUAUACAGUACUUUACAUAAAAUAAAAAUCUCGUAAAUAAUUUAUGAAACAGAAUUUCCUACCCGUUUGGAUUUUAAUCCAAAAUUCUUAAACCGAACAGGACAUUCCUGUGGUCUUGGGAAGAUGAGGAACACGAGGAGAAACCCAUUAGAAGCAAACUGGUUGCAUCGCUUCUUUUUAGCUUCAGUUACAGCCGUUUUGCUUCAGAUAUGCCCGACUGCUUCAAUUGGGGUUCCGGGGUCCAACUGCUAUGCCCUUGACAAUUCUGGUCACAUUUAUGAUUUUAGUAGCUGGAUAGGACAGCCAUUCGAGUAUGAGGGGAAGGACUCCGACUUGGUGGUUCGAUUUUGUAAAGAUGUGGAAAGCAGAUCACAAACGGGAUACUUGGAUUUUGGCAGAUUUGACAAGGUUAACUAUUUUGUUGCUGGUUCAGGUCACGUUAAUUUUGUUCAGGAGUUUUACAAUGGUGAUUUGAUAAACUGUGAGCAUAGUUAUGACAAAAUGGGACGUACAGCUAAGGUCAACAUCAUAUGUGGGAGUUGUCCAAAGGGCAAAUGUAAAGGUGGACUUGGAUGCAUCUGCAAUGUGACGUACGAGUCAGCUUGCAGAGUUCUUGUUGAACUUGCCAUUCCGUGCGAGAAACAGGGUCUGCGAGUGUUUGAAGGUUUCACGGUUGGUUUUCAUCCACGGUCGUGGGAAUUAGUUUACAAUGGCAUGACUCAAUUGGGUUUCGAGAAGUCUCACCAUGAAUUUAGCUUCAAAACUGAACAGUCUCAGGUUGCUCUUUAUAUGACUGCAAUUGCCUCCCUUUCAAAUUUAGUGCAGAAACCAACUGUUAAGGUCUCCCCAGAACUUGGCCUUGAGGUUAGGUUAUCAGGCUCAGGAGCAACUGGCAGCCAACCAACAACUUUGUCACCCACGAUAUUGAUGGUGGCUUGGAGAUGUGAGGAGGCUCGUGAUACUCCAUAUGAAGUAGAGAUUACUGUCCCUGUUGUGGGUUAUGAGCCCAUUCAGUUUACUCUUACAAAAAUGUGUGGAUAUAGGCAGCAUAAAGAAGGAGAUUCUAUGAGAGGUUGGGCUGUAUUUGGAGUGAUAUGUUCCAUAUUUGUUGUUUUCUCAACACUAUUUUGUUUUGGAGGGUUUGUUUACAAGACACGGGUUCAAAACCAGCGUGGUCUUGAUGCACUGCCAGGCAUGAGUAUUUUGUCUGCAUGUUUAGAAACUGUCAGCGGAGGAGGGCAUGGUUAUUCGAGACCAAGUGACAUGAAUAGUACUUAUGUGAAUCAAGCCUCUUGGGAACGUCCGCCUGUAUCUGCCCAAGGAACAGGGAGAACAAGUGAAAGGAAGUAUGGUUCAAUUUGAACCAAUGGUAUUCUAUAAACGCUUCAAUUUCCCAGUUUUAUGCUUAGACAUAUCAAUUCAGUGAUGGUACCCAUAUGAGGGUACAGUUCCCUUUUGGAAUUUGGAGAAAAUGAGGCAUUUGGGUGGCCCUUCCACUAUAUGGAAGCCUAGGAUCUGUGACAUUAUUUACUUUUCAUCUCACAGUGAAAGCAGAUGUGACUGUUUACCAAAAAAAAAAGAAAGCAGAUGUGAUUCACGUGAAUGCUUUCUCUGACUAGGACUCAACAGUAUGGCACAACCUGGUUUUGUUCAUGGAUAGAUACUGUGGUAUCAUGAGAAUAUGCCUGACGUUUAAGUUCCUCAAUAUACAGAAAUACAGGAUCAUCCUUUUUUCUUGUUUGAA